UUCUCCGUCUAAAAGUGUCGUAAAGGGUGUAUGUUCAGUGAAGUGUGAUGGAAGGAGAUGUUUAGGGCAGCGUUGUUCAACAGCUGAUUUUUCAGUCAGUUUCAUUAGAAAAUAAGGCUUUUAUAAACAAUUUGUUACAAUUCGAAGCAAUUUUAUUUUAUCAGAACUUAAAAAUGAGUAAAGCUUUGCAAAGUCUAACGGCACAGUACACCGAUUCUGAAAAUGAGGGCGAGCUAGAGGAUGAAAGUCCAGAUUCUUCAAACUCUCAAGCAUCUCAGGUUAUUAUUCCAAAACAACCGAGUCCAAAGGAGGAAAAGGUUGAAAAAUCGCCUGGGAAGGAAAAUAAACGCAGAAAACGUAAGAAGUCGGUUCGGCGAUUAGUUAGCUAUCAGGAUGACACAGUGAUAUCUGAUGACGAUGAAGAGGAAAGUACAUCAGAAUCAAGCAGUCAGUCUGAACAAGAAGACGAAAACGAUGAAACCAGUUCACAUAGUAAUGCACAAACAUCAAGAGAUACUACCAACAGUGUACAAAUGGAAGUAGACGAGACGAAUGCAGAUUUGGUCAAUGAAACAAAAUCACCAAAGAAAGUUGAUAAACUUAGUAAAUAUGCACACUACGGUUUUUCCUUGCCUCCAGAGCCCAAAGGAAAACCCUCAGCAGAAUUAGUUGAUAAAAUUAAACAUUUAUAUGACAAGAUGGAAACGACCAAUAUGGACAUGAAUCGCGUUAUACAAGGACGCAAGGAAUUUCGAAAUCCGAGUAUAUAUGAGAAACUUAUCCAAUAUUGUGACAUAAAUGAGUUUGGCACAAAUUAUCCACCUGAAAUUUACGAUCCAUUGCAAUGGGGUCCUGAAAGCUACUAUGAGGAAUUGGCCCGUAUUCAAAAAAAUGGAAUGCUCAAACGACAAAAGGAACGCAAGGACACAGACAAAAUUGAACAAGCAACUGCUUUAGCUCGGAAAGUCGAAGAAGAAGCUAAGAAAAGAAAAUCGAAGUGGGACCAACCAGCGGCAGCCAUUAAACCUAUACCGCCAACGCUUACCACCACAGUUACUGGUACCAAAGGUACAGUAAUAUCUGCUUUUGGUUCUCUGCCAAAGAAACCCGCAGUUUAAAAUAAAAUAAUAUGAUUAUAUGAGAAUAUUAAUGAAUAAAUAAAUACUUUUAAAAAUUUAAA